AUGUGCAUCACGACAAUUUACUACCUCUGUCUAAUCAUCCCUCCCCCUCUUACCGCCAACCAGCAAUAUAAACAAUGCCGAGGUGAUCGCCUCGUUACUAGAAUCAAGUAUGCCCCAGAAAAGGAAGAGGACUGUUAUCUCCUGCACAGAAUGCCAUCGGCGCAAGCAGAAGGCUCCCAAUCAACAUUGAGCUCGAAUGCCAGUAGCUCAUCGGAUAUCAACAAUAGCACCAAUGUGGUGCAUCCCUGUCCGCCUGCUAGAUCAGGAGAUAAGUGGAAUAGCACGCUUCAGGACCAGAUCCGAGACUUCGGCUACUGUAGUCGAAGCAGCCACAACUCAGUGAGCUUACUACGGACAACCGAACUCUAUGGAGGCCUGGACGCGGACUUUGCUAGCCCUUCUGCCGCAAAGGAACUCCCUCUACGAGGUGACGGGUAUCGCUUGUAUGGAGCACGGGUUCGCCAGCUGCCUCCACAAACCUGUAUCGACGUCCUUGUGCGGACGUUUUUCUCUGAUGUUAACUGGCAAUACGACGUGCUCGACGAGAAAUCAUUUCGAAACCAACUCGAAGCAUGGGGGAUGGUCUCGUACUCUGACCUUAACGGGGCCUUCGAGAAAUUGACGCCGCAAACAUGUGUAUUCCCCGCCUUGCUGUUUCAAGUCCUUGCACAGGCGCUUCUUUUCCACCCCUCUGAUGAUAAAACGGUUUUGUCCCUUAUGACCAUGGCCGGUAUGACCUUCCACGAUCUUGGGGUCGAAUAUAGUGCUACGGGUGCUGAGAUACUCGAAAUUUUGGGGAAAAAGAACAUCACAAUAUCCACUGUACAGGCCGGCGUGCUACGGGCGUCGUUUUUGAAGAGCAGUGGCAAAGUUGUUGAAGCCUGGCAUGCACUCGGAGCGACCAUCCGCGACGCUCAGGAGAUAGGCCUACAUACGGGACAAGUUGCAUCUGAGCGAUGUCCGAGUGGACUCGAGGAGGACAGUCUAAUUAACAGUGCUGUUGGACACAGAAUCUGGGUUGUCUUGCAUAUCUGGGAUGUCCAUAUGGCAGUUGUGCUCGGUCGACCAAUCGCCACUCAUCUCCAAAUUGAUAGCUUUGCUGGCACUUUGGAGGGAGAAGAACGGCGGCGGGAGUUGUUCUCGCAUUGGAAUACCGAGACUGAUCCUCCCCGGCCAUUUGAUAUCAUACUCGCAGGCUAUAAUGUGGCCUACCGGUAUUUCCAGGACAUUCACCAGCUGGAGCACAACGGUGCCAAAUCGCAACAGUACCCCAUCGUCGAACGUCUUCACGUGGCAGUCAUAAAAAAUAUGCAGCUUCUGCCAUCUUGGUGUCGUCUGGAAACCCCUAAUACGAGGUUUGAUCAGUUUCGUGGGUGUCAAUGGCUGCCUGUCGCCCGAGAAGGACUGUACUCUCUCAUCCACCUCGUUCUUCUCACGCUCCAUCGGCCGUACAUAUUCUCUGUGGCCAACAGUCGCACCGAAGCCCUCAAAGCUGGUGUCGCCAUUCUUCGUGCACAAGAACGACUAUUCAGAUUGUUAGAGCCACGUCAGUGCAAAGUGUUCAACACAGUCUACGCCUCCUUCGAUGCGAUUGUUCUUAUUGCAGCAAUCUGUCUCGUCUUUCCUAAUCAGAACCCUGAACUACGAGCGGAAUGUGUUGAAGUUGUUGAAAGAGGAAUGCAGAGGCUUGGCAUUACCAGUCAAUUCAAUCCUAUGGCAAAGUCAGCACACGACGUUGUCCGGAGCUUGUACCGUCGCCUAAAGCAACAGCUUGGCAUCUCUGGAACCUUGGAGUAUGGUGGAAUAUUAUUUCACAACCCAGAUUGUAUAUUCCCGAACACGCACGCGGCUCCUGAUAGGGAACCAUUGGACGUUCCUGUUAAUACUGUUCUUCCUCCUCGUCCUACUUCUGACUUGUUCUAUGACCAUGUCUCAAGCACGGAAAUCCCCAUCAUGGAUACGCCGCCUAGCCUACAGAUGGAUCUAUCUACUAUAGACAUUACGGAUAGUUGGCACUUUGAAGGAAGCUUCGACGAUGCUAGUUUUUGGAGUUUUAUGAACGAGCUCAACCAUUGA